GGCGGAUGACUGAUCGAUGCCAGUGUGGAGCACCUGGUAGUCAGUCAUCGGUGGGGCUCCGCGGAGCUGCGUACAGUUCGCCGAGCACACGGCAAUGCGGACGAAGAAGGGUAAAAACGAGAGGAAUAACCAGGAUUUCUGUGACAAUCCGGCUUGUGGGACUUGGUUUGGCCGUAGAGAGUAAUUUGAAAGGAGUUUCGCCUUUGACAGUCCACGAAAAAGGACAAUAACGGGACUGGAAGCUGCUCCGGGCCGGAUAUUAUCCGGACAAAAUCCCCUCUCACAUUCACAAACCCCGGUAUCGUGUGGACUCGUCGGCUUCAAGAAUGAGUGCUUGAAUAUUUUUAUACUUUUGUAGCCAUUUUUUGCCAGCACCAUUCCCGUUUUUUUACAGACUCGCUAUGGUGGAUUCCCCUACUAUGAGGAAGACCUUUGUAGUCCCAGACAUAAAGCCAUUGGAUUUGUAUGACUGUACUAAAGCAAAAAUAUGCGCAAGUGUCGGAUGGCUAUUGGCAAAGUCCUACGGGAGUGCAGGUAGGUUUCGGUUCAGGAUGCAGGCCUGCUGAGUUAUAGUACAUGUUGAAAGAGGUUGGAGGAAGAUCCCUGUGUUUUUGUAGUCUAGGAGUACCCUGUAUUUAUAUUUUGGUCCGCACUGUAGCGGAAACACAUGUAUGUAUGUAGGGAAGAAACUACGGUGGAUGUAUAGCUCAGCGAUUUUCAGCACAAAGAGCAGCAUAUGAAAGGGGAGCUAUUCACGGUAUGCAUUUUUGACUCGGACAUUUCAUUUGUUCUCAGUCAAUGUGUGCCCACAUUUUCUCAGUAUAUGUGUGUCAGAGAAACGGGCCUCCUCCCUAGGCCUUAUCACGCUAACCCUUUUUGUCGUAUUUGUAGCCACCAGGCUUCAGUUCAGUCACAAAUUGCAAGCCACUGGGUAUGUUUUUAAUCCGGUGAAACAGGCAUUGCAUUUGCGGCGUGGAUAAUUUCUGCGCUUUUCUUCACUCCAUGGCAUGACAGCACAUUUUUCUUCCUUGAUUCAUAAUAAGGGGCAAAAAUCUGCAUGGAGUUGCUUACUUGUACACACGUUGUUGAUAAAAUGAAACCCACUUCCAUGUCUUUCAGUGGGUUUGACAAACCCUCCAGCCUUGUAUCUUGGAUAGUUUAGUUUCUCAUGGUAGGGGUGUCAUCAGGCAUAGUUUUGCACUAGUUUUGACCCUGAGUGGUAAAAAGAAAACAAUAUUGUCUGUGGUACUUCAAGAUAAGCUCUCACAAAACAGACACUAAAAAUUUGCCAGUAAAAGCCAACAUGACUUAUUCCUUUGUAUGUGAUUACACUGUUGUCUGAUGACAGGGCACUGUUUCCCAAAUGAUCUCUGGAGGCGAACAUUGGUUAAAAUAGCUCCAAAACAAAACACAUUCUCAUUCUUGGCUCAUGUCUGUUAAUAAGUGCUCAGAGGUAAAAGGUCAAGGUUUUGAUGCCUGUAAGGUUUGACAGGAGAGCAGUGUACAGUGUUUUUCCAAACGUUAAAACCCAACUUAUGUGUUACACAAUUUCAGGCCGUGUUUGAGUUCAGGACUAUAGAGCAGUGUUUUCUCUGUGUACUCUGUUUAGCACCUCAACCACGCCCUCUGGUCAAAGUUACCUUCCAUGCCAAGUUUCAGGAAUAUGAGGGCCAAGACUGUGAUUAGAUCCACUUUUCUCCUUAAUCAUAAUGGCCUCUCGAGCAAAUAUGACAUCAUCCAAUCUCCUCUAAAAUGCUAUUGGUAGAACAACAGAUAGUACAGCAGGAACCAGACGGGGUCAUCUGGCCUCAGUUCUUCCAGGUCAGUUAACCUAACGCUGACAAUAGCCCAAAUAUUUACUCUCUGAGUUGUUACAUGAAAAGAUGAGUCUUCGCAUAAAGCUAUGUGUAAAAACAUUUAUGUUUUUGUGUGUCUAAGAAACAUUUACUUCUGAUUGUACUUUUAAUCUGUUGCUUUAAACUAGAACUAGCAGGGGGCUAAUGACACAAGAAAUCAGUUAGGAUAUCUUGUCACACAAAGACUCCUUAAAUGAACGCACACAGCUUGUUUACAGGCUCGGACAUAGGUUAACAAUGACAAUUUCUUGCUUGGGUAAGCAAAAAAAAAAAGGUCCUUAAGACCAGAGGCUUGAAGCGUGGGAGCACAGGACAGAGUUUAAAGAAACUCUCAACUGAUAUGAAGUGAUAUGAAGUGAUUUGCACCACCACCCUCAUGACUCAGUAGGAUUUACAAAUUCUCCCCAAAAAAUUCACAACCACAUCAAGGCUUAUCAGUCUAAAAUACAAAAAGUAAAACUUGCAAAGUUAUCUAACCCAAAGGUGAGAAUACUGAUUCAAUUGUUCCCAUGCUUCUUUCAGCCAAGGAAACACAACCAUUCUUUAAGAAAAGAAAAGGUUCAUUUCAUGCAUUGAAUGCUCAGCAAUAACACAACAAAGCUUGGGUGUAGACUGAGUUUGAUCCAUCUUUUUCUUAAUAUUUGGAGUCAAGUAACGCUGUUGAUAAGAAACCUCUAAAAAUGAUCAUUGUAUACUUUCUAAUACUUUAAAUAAUCCUGGUAAAUUUAUUCCAUUACUGUCAACAAGUACUUAAAUAUUUGACUGUUUUACAAACAUAAAGGCCUAAUAAUGGUCUUGACAUUAAUUGAUGCACCUUGCAGUUGUUGUGACAGAUGACUUGACAGAUCACUUAAGGGUAAUUCAAACUACUUUGGUCCCUGCCCAUUAUUAAGCAUUCCACAUUUUGUCCAAGUCUUUCUUUGGCAUCAUUUAUUUUAUUUUUAGAUGGCCACAGAGCCAAACCUACCUGUGUCAUGUUUGGUUCCACCUAACUACAAAGCUCAUGGGUUCAUGCUGAAAUCCUAUUGGAGUAAUUACUCAUCCUCUCCAAAUCAUUGUUACUAUGGUGAGUCAACAAGAGAAUAGGAACUGAAGAGGAUGUUACCUCGCUGCGAGUAUUUAUUCUCGAGUCCUGUUGUUGUUGUACAGAUGAAUGCUAGGGUAAGUCACAAAGUCUUGAAAGAUAAAGUUACAGCGUACUUUCAAGAUAACAUGAUAAUUGUAAGAGAUUAUUUGCCAAAAGGAAAAGUGAGGUUAAAGGUCACAGUAGGCUUCAGAAACGUAAGAGUGUCUGCUUGGGCAACUCUGUUACUCUUGUUUAGAAGUUUUUGUUCUCGAAGGUGCCAAUGAUGUGAGCACUUUCUCACUUUAUAGGCUUUGCCUCUGUCUACACCAACCCUAAUCAUGAAGCUUUGCUCCUGUCAUGUCACCAUUCAGUUUGUGUUGACAUGUGACAUGAUACUUAGUAGGGCUGGGACGAUAUGCUUUUCUCCUGAUUUGAUUCUUCUACGAUUUUUUUGGAUGCCGACUCAAUCUAAAUUGCGAUUCUACGAUAUUGUCAAUUUUCUUGAUUUUUAGUCUGCAUUAUUAACACCAGUGAAACAGUUGAAUGAUUAUGAUUGUCUACUGAUGUUCCUGGAACCAUAUUUCCGCAAAAAAAAACACAUCACAUGGAAGUCAGUUUUAAAGAUUUAUUCUUAAAUUUGUUUAAAAAAAAGAUUGAGCAAAAAAAUCAAUUAAAAAAUGUAAAAACAAAAAAUUUGGAUAGUGAAUGUGAAUUGAAUUUUUCUCCCACCCCUGAUACUCAGGGCUCAUGUACAUAUGUUAAGUGUAUUUAUUGUUUGACCCAAGCGUUUUCCUUAAGAACAUAGAUGUUAGUCCUUUGAAUGAACACACAAACACUGAUAAGUUGCAUGCAUGCUUGUGUUGUAAUUAAACAACUGGACUUAGAGAUGGAACGAUUCAAACAACAGAUUGAGAUAUUUCUUUGACCCAAACAUUUUUAGAUACACUAUUUAAUGUUUACUUCCAUUUAUUUAUUAAAGAUGGCCAUCAUAAGAUACUGAAACAAGACAACACUUAUAUAACGAGGUUAAAUAGUAAGCUGUCAACAUGUAGACAGGUGACAGAAUAAUCUUUUUUCAGUCAUAUAUAAGAUGUCAAAGCUUCUGUGUUAAAGCUUGUAGUAGCAGUUUACUCAGUACUUGGAGUCACAUGUUCAGAAGGGCAGUAACAUGGGUCUUCACACUAUAACUACAUUUUGGGGUGACAGAGACAGUACCGACUUUGUUUUAAAAUCGAGAAGACGAUCUUCUGUGUUCAGUCCUUUUAACCACAUGAUGAGGAUUUUUUUUAGCUCAACUUUUUGCAGAAGAUCAAAAAAAUGAGAAAUACUGAGAUCUUCAUCACGUAAAAUGAUCUCAAGAAGUAGGACUGUUCGGCAGGUAUGCACUUUUGUGUAAACAUGACCUUGCUGACCUUUAACUUUAUACUACCUUUACUAGCAGUCUGAUAUAAAGGGUAGCCAUCAGUGGUGAUAUCUGUCCCAAUUAAGAAAGGAUGGAUAAACAAAUGACCUUGAUUUCAACUGUCGCUGUUGUCAGCUAACCUUUGUUUGCCUUCUACUUUUGUUGCUUCUGUUUAUUGCUGUCAGGAACACCGUGACCACCACAUUAGCAUCAUUACUUGAUCACUGACUAUCUAGCAAUGCACUUUAGUAGAUUCGGAAGCUGAUACAAGUAAACCUACAACAUCCAUGAUGGUAAACAGAUUGAUUGUUUCUUUUGUUUGCUGCUAUCCAGGGAGAAUAAAUAAAUAUUGCACAUACCAGCUUAUCUCGGAAAUUGGUCUGUGAUAUUUCUCAAUUUGUUUUUGUGUGCUAAGAACAAUGUUAUACUCACACAGGGAAAGUCUUUGUUUGCUUUCCUUGUAAGUAGGAGGGUAAGGUGUCAGCUACAGUAAAGCACCUGCAGGUGUCAAAGACGAAGUCUCUCAGUGACAAACCCUUGUUUAGACCUGACUUACUGAAGAACUGUCUUCCAGCUUUUCUACUAUGCUAGUGUCUUACUCUACCUGGUAGAUAAGGACUGACCUUGUGGUCUUUGAAAGUGACACAGAGGCUGUUGAUCCAGUUUAUGCAAACACAUAAGCUUGUGUUUUUAACCAAAAUAUUUCCCCGGAGGACGAUUGAGAGUGCAGUGGAGGUAUUAUAUUCCUUUACGCUUGGACUUGCCCUUAAGGCUGCAAACUGGUUUUUGUGUUUCCUCUUUACACUGAUGGCUUUUACUAUGAGUUUUACCCUUGGUUCAAUAAUAUUUGAUAGUUUUAAUCAGUGGAACAUGGAUAUGGUACAUUUCUAUAUGGAUUCACACACUCAUACUUGUACUGAGUUUGUUUCUGCUGCAAAUGAGACUCACACAGUCAUGAUUCACAGCUUGACUUUCUCUUAGGGAAAUUGUGCUCAUAUCAGUCUCUCUCAUCUCACUGAGUUGGGUUAUUUGCAUCCUGCUUUGCCUUCUCUGGGAAGUUUUUCUCCUUUUUUUAACAUGCCAUCAUAGGAAGGCUUUCAUACCAAAAAACUAGAGGUGUUUAUUUCGGUUUUUGUGUCACUAUGUUUACUGUGCUAAGUAAACAAAGUAAGCAAGUUUUUUUUUCAGCACACGGGAGCAUAUCCAAAACAAAACAGACCAUGAGGUGUGACUGACAAUAUUGUCUGACAGCUAUAGUCAUCAUAGAGAGGCAGGGCAUUGUCCACUCUCUGAGGCUGAGUGUUUUGUUCUGUUGUGUGAUGUCAGUGGAUCCAUUACAUGACUCUAUAAUGAUACAACAACGCAGUGAAACCUCCCGUGAAAAUAACCCCUUUGUCACCGGUAUGCAUAGUCUUACAUGCAGUUUCCCUUUUCUCUCUCUUGAUUGACUUUGUAUACUUCAGCUUGGGUCAUUUAAAACACUGUUUAAUCGAGUAUUUCUUCACAGAGUUGCAGGCAAUAGAGUUUGCGGCUGGUUCACCCUGGAUGCAGAGAAACCAGUUUCACAGAGGGUGUGUCUGGUCUGGUGUAUGUUUUUAGGAUAAUGAUUGUAGUAAUCUUAUUUAGAGAACAGCUAGUCCAAAUAGAUUAUAUAGCUUGCGUGACAUGAUGCUACAUUUUGUCUUACAGCACCACACCUGAGCUAAGACAUAAGUCUGUGAUGAAUGUCAUCUUUGUGUAGGUCUUAAAUGAUUAUUUUCAGAGUGGGUUUAAAAACGAGGGAGACACAUGUAGCAGCACAUCUUUAAAUAUGUAGAUACCAACCUCUGAGCUGGUCAUGCCCCACUGACCUUGAUGCUUGCUCUGCUCCACUCACUCAUAUGAUUAUAACUCCAGGGAAUACACCAGCUGUCUUAAUCUGCCACUGGACAUGUCACAGAGCAGAUUUCUACGCCGGCAGCAACAUUUUUAAAAUGCUCUUUGACUUAGAAAAUAAAGACUGCUGAUAAGAAAAGUUUAUCAAUCUUAGUAGAUCCAGAAGUGCAUCUGCUCUCCUUUUUAUCUAUAAAUUGUUUGUGAAGUUUUAUAAGCAGUCAUUUGCCAGCAACACUGAUAUAGAAACUUAUCUGUGUCUGUGUGUUUUAUCUCUCCGUAGAGAAUGUACCUGCAGAGCUGCGUGACCCUUUCUACUGUGACCAGUAUGAGCAGGAGCACCUUAAACCGCCAGUCACACGCCUCCUGCAGACCUCGGAGCUCUACUGCCGCACCUACAGCCUAAUACUAGGUGGUACUGGACCCGAGGCCCAACCCAAAGACAAUGCUGCCCUGGUGCAGCUCCUCACUCAGAGAGGCCUGCUCUCCAAAGAACAGGACACGCCGGUGACUGAUGCAGAUCUUCAACAUAAACCCAUCAAAAUGGUAAAGUUAUAAGAAUAAAGUCAAACCUCCUUAGCACACGCUUUUACAAUUUGAAGGAGUGUGUCAUUUAAUUGAAGAGUGUAUUAUUUAGCAGAACAGGCUAGAGAGUGGUUGAUGUGUGCAAAGAAUUUUCAUUUUUUGAUUGUAAAACCCAAUGAAUGAAAGAUUUUUCCUAUCAUAUAUAUCAGGAGCUUCUUGUCCCUGAAGCUUUCAUUUCAUUUCAUUAUUGAGAGGAGUGAGCAAGGGAGUGUUUAAGUCUAGAAUCUGAUUGCUAGAUAUCUCUAAAUUUCCCCAUUUCUACUCACUAUACUGCUCUAGAAUAGCGUGAUGUGUUUAUACUUUGCUGCUCGAGAUUAAAGGACAUCAAAAGACCCUCACUCAUACAGUCCCCUCCCCACCCCCUGCCACCAGCUGAUCUUAGAGGAUGAAUGGAUCCAGCUGCCGGGACUAGGGAAGCCGUGGUUAUACAAGGGAUGACUUCUUUAAUUCCAGGGAACGAGAGGGAAGAAGGGGGUGUUCAGUUUUACUAGAAAGUCCAGAUCAGUUGUAGAACAAUGGAUAAACCGUUCUGGUGAAACUCUAGAUUCAUGCGUUUAAAGAGCACCUUAGACCUGCUCUGUGAGUUAGAGCGAGUCAAACUGGUUUGUGCUUGUAGCCCCUGAAAUUGAUCUUUCACUUUGUCACUCUCUCUCUCUCUCUCUCUCUCUCCCUGUUUUCCUCUGUCAUUCUACCUCUCUCUGUCACCCUGUCUCUUAUUGUCUCACACCCUGUCACUCCCUCUCUCUUCCUAUCUCUCUCUGUUUUCCCAUUUGUCCUCUUGUCAUUCACUCUCCAUCGCUCUCUCUGUUUCUCUGUCUUAAGUACACACAUAGUGCUAAAUCCUGAGUGACAGAGGUUGCUUUAAUCAGGAUUUCUUUCCUAUUUUUCAUUACACAGUGGUUAUCUCUAUCCUGUCUUGCCUCUUUAAAUUUCUCAAUCCAUGGGAGUAAUUUCAGCGCCGCUCUAGAGAAACAGCCGGCUUAGCUGUAACAUGCCACGAUGAGCCCUUUCCUUCACUUAAUACCUGUAUAAAUAUUUGUUUUCAUACCUCCACAACAUAUACCUUUUGAGAACUAACAUGCGCAGAAACGGUGGUUCUUUUAAUCUAUGAUGAUGAUACUGUAAUAUGCGUCAGGAAUUUAUCUGUUUCCGUGCAUCGUAGUUUUGGGCUCUGCCUCCAGGCCAAUCCAUGGACCACCUUUGCUGUAAAGCCUAAUCUCUAAGCUUGAAUUUUGGCCAUCGCUGUUAAUACUGCAUUUGCUGUUUGCCGCUUUGGUAAAAGAGACUUCCUGUCACUGCUUGGCCCUUUGCUGCUCCCUAAGCUGCUGUCUGCUGCUGACCAGCGCUGUAGCCACCAGAUACAGUGUGGCAAGCAAAGAAAGUGGGUCAUGCUGCAGCAUUACAAGGAUGGAGCAUCAAUGUGGGUCUUGGCCGAUAAACAGGUCUGAAGCAGCAGCAGAGCGCUGCAGCUCUGCUAAAAACUAAAGCUUCACAAAUAUGUGUCAUAUAAAGAAAGUGAGUAACAGUACAAUGUUGGUGACAAACCAUGUGCUUCUGCUAACUUUCUUUUAGUAUAUCACAUAUCCAAAAGCUUCUUUGCUGUUUAGAUCAUAAAGACACUGAUUCUGGCUUGGUUUGCUGCAAUUCAGAGUUGCAGUGAUUUGUUCUUUAUUAAACUACACAGUUUGUGCCGCAGAGAGAGCAGGACAAAAACAGGCACAUUGUAGCACAACUGACUCAUACACAAUUAUACUACAGUAGCAAAUAAUUCCUUUAGAGAAUCUCUAAAAUGCUUUCUUAGGAGUAAAAACUAACUGUUGGUUGAUGUUCUUGACCUUGAAAUUUCACCGUAAUGGUUAUACUCCAACAAAGAAAACAGGGUUUACUAUUGUUACCUGUAAUUGUGUGAGCCUGAGAUCGCUUAUUGAAAUGUUGUCUUGUAAACACAGCACUCUGUUCAUAUUUGUUCACACGGUGCUGAUUGUUAUUAUGGACACAACAUGCACUGAUAUUGUGAUGGUGUGUGUGAAAAAGUGUCCUGAACACCUAAACUCAAUAAGAACAGUUUUGCUCUUUCCUCUGUCGAUGAAGAAGGAUAAAGUCUAUGGCACUCCUUCUGAGACUAGAGUAUGAAUCCUUGUCUUUAGAAGUCAGGUUUAUAUUAAAAGCUCUGCAGAUAGCACAUCUUUGAGGCUCAGUAAUGGUGCCUCUAGCUACUCCAUUCCCUUCCUUGUUGUAUGUGUGUUUGGCCUUAUGGUAACUGUCCUUCUAGCGGGGGCCCAGCCUAGAUUAGAGAUAAUCUGCCAUGCAGACUGAACGUCAUCAUCCAUGAUUAGAUGACACACCAGAGAUGACCAGUGAUUUACCAUGCAACUAUCAUGUCACUUACUCGUUUCAUCUAUUUCAAACAUACUGAUUCUGGUUAUGGCGUUGGGGGUGAAACAUUUUUUCUUAGAGUAACAAAGUAAGUCAUGUAGCCAUAAUUCAGCUAACCCUCUUCCUGGUCCCCUGUUGGUUUUGGAUCGGCACUGACUGACACUUUGUCUUAAAUCACACUGCUGUGUUGGCAAGUUUCUGGUCAAGUGAGCAUCAGUCAGGAGCUUAGUUGAAAACAGAAGUGGCAGACUAUCAGAAGCACUAACCAUCAUCUUACAGUAUUUGUUCUGCUUUAGGCCUGUGCUGAUCAAAAACUAAUAUGGAGCAACAUCAAAAAUCUUAUCUUGAAAGACCGUAGUGUACUGCUUUCAUGACUGUAAUUCCUCACAAAGCAUUCAUUUCAGGAGCACAUAAUUGUUCAUAUAACCAUGUGUUUUUAAAAAAACCUCUAGCCUUAAAUCCCCUGCCGGGCCCCAGACCUGCCUGAUCCCCCUGUUUGUCUCCCCCUCAGUAAGCACCAGGCAUGGUAGGGGGGUGGGGUUUAAAUCAUAUUUCAGACAUAAUCUGAUUUUGCCCUCAUCAUAAUCUCACUUAAUGAUUCACAAGAUGCCUUUGUAGUAUUUGUUUUUAGACCCGGUUGUUGACGUGGUUAUGCAUCAUUAUGAGAACCUGAUGUGGUCCAUGUGAGGGGUGUGAUUUUUUUUUUUCCUCUCUCUGUGACAUUGAAGAGUACUAACUGUUUGCUUGCUGGAUGUUUCUGAGCAGAGCUGGUGCUAAGCCACUGCACAGAGCAAUGCUGCGGUCGGGCUUGUGUAGAGAUGCAUUGUGGGUCAGAUGGUUGGUUGUUAUGGUGACCUGGCAAGCUCUGCGCUGGGUGUUCAUGAGUUGCUCCUCUCUCCCCUCUCAUUAGGGAGACUUGUGAUUUAGCUUAGCGAGCUCCCCCUUGGUCUGCAAGGCAAAUCCACUAGCGGGCCCUCUCCACCUCCUGUCACUCUGCACUUUUUGCCAUAGAUUAACCAGCUGCACUCUCGUCUGAAUAACUGCUGAAAGACACAAGAACAGGGUUGGUCAUUUAGCUGUCAAAAAUCAUUUGUUUUUAUACCAAAUAUUUAAAAACACAGCUUACUCUUUAUUUUAACCCCAAAACUCAAGAAUAAAGAAAAGACUAUUGUUGUUAUUUGUCCAGUUGCUGCUUAAUAGUUAUAAAUCUUUUCAAUACAAUAUAACACUGCCACAUAAAACAACCUCAGCUAUGGUCUUAUUUAAUGAACGCCUUUCAACGCCUUUUGUUAGGAUAAAAACUGGCCUCUAAAAUCUUUGCAUCUUCUAGAGCUGGCUGAUAAAUCAAAAAUACACCAAUACCAAAAUUUACGACAAUAACCGAUGUCAUUUUGCCCAUAUCGGUUUAUUUGGUGUCAAAAAAAUAAAUAAAAGUUGGUUUUGGAUGUGUGUAGGUAGGCUAUGGUCUCAUGUCCCUUUAAGACGCUGUCCUAUGUCAGAGACGUGACUCCACCCCAUCCAGUCCGUAACAAAGAGGGAAAGACAGGUGAGGAGAUGGAGGACGGUUCAAAAGUGAAGUAGACAAAGUUAAUGUGGGAGGGGGUGAGCAGCUUGUGAAGUAGUUAUUGUCCAUUUAUUGUUAUCGAGGUGAACUGCUCAAUGUAUCAUGAUAUCCAUUUGAGACCAUAUCGCCCAGCCCUAGCAUGUGCUGUUGUACUUUAAAUGCUUAAGUACAUAGUGUGCGUGAAACUUUGGCAGUGGGAAUAUACCGUUAUGACAAUUUUAACAUAAAUCAAAAAACACAUGCUUUGUCUGAUUGUAAACAGACAAGGCGUAUGAGUUUCAUCUUUACUCAUGAAAUUAAUAAUGUAAGUUUGAUAAGGAUGAUAACUGGACCGUAGACUUACAUCAUGAGAGCGUCUCUGUGUCUUUGCACUUCCUUUUUAACAUUGCUCCAAAUCAGUCUGAUUUUUAUUUGCCCUGAGAGACCUCAUGAUUAGAAGACAGACAAGCCAUGUCACAGAUGCCUUAGCUGUCUUGGCAGCAGUACCGGGAGGGCAGACCAACCAUGGCACCACAGCCUCUAGUGACUGACUGCAGCACAUUGAGAGAGCUUGGCCCAAUCCUAUCUGACAAGGCUUUGCUGGCAUAGCACACCCUGCCCACCUCAGCACCGGGUCUGCCCAGGUCAGCACUUUACAUCAGGGUUGAGUAGACAGACAUGCAGUGAGGCCUCGAGCACACAGCUGGAUUGCCACCAGCUCCUAUCUGGGGCAACAUAAGAGGUUAAAGUAAGAAUUUUCUGCCCGCUAGAGUGGAAUUUGUAAGCAGUAAAAGGGAGCAGGCACUGAUUUGCACAGAUUAGGCUCAAAACUGAAGAUUGGAGUAGUGGCCCCAUGACAGGAAUGUGCUGUUUACGAGUGGUCUGUCGUCUCUGCUCGCCAGAAUUAAUUAUUUUAACAAGGACUCCGGGAGUAGUUUGAAAAGUGGUGAACGAGACUUGAGUUAUGCUAAUGGGUAGCAACUAGAACUGAUAAAUAUAGAUGAGAUAAAGAUAGAUCAUAUUAACCUAAUAAGGUGGGAGAGUUGUUUAUAGUAUAAUCUCACUUGCCAACAUGUUCCCCCUCAAUCUGUCAUAUUGCUCUCCUUCUCUCACCUCCACUCUCGAGUUAUUCUAGCCUUUCAGUACCCACUCUGAAGACGUCUUAUCCCCAACAAGACUUGUUGAAGUUUUCUUUUCAUGGAAAGUUUGGGAAAGGACUUAAUUUUCAAGUUAAGAGAGGAUUCUAUGGUUUUCCUUAUCAAUAGAAAUGGUAAUAAAGAGAAAAAACCUACAAAGAAAAAUAUAUAAAUGUUACAAUUAUUUUUUAAAGAUAUAUAAAUAUAAUAUUGUUACUCGUUUGCAGGACUGAAAUGCUAUUAUGUAAACGUCUGAAAAUUCACAACAGUACAUGUUGGUAGAGCGUAUAAAUUAGAUUUGGUUGCAGCUUCAUGUCUCAAAGCACAACUUCUAAUGAGCUAACUGGUUUAUAGAGUUAAGGCGCUUUCUCUGACUGAGCCGAUAAUGUUAGCGGUGCAUUUUAAUGGGCUCUCGUCUUAAGAAAGGGCUUCAUAAUGGUCUCUUAGGUAAAGGUAAAUAAAUGUAUGUUUGUUGGGAGAUCAGCGCUUGGGAAUGUUAACUACAGCAUGCGAGCGAGUUGCCCUACAUUGAUGUUUAAAUCCAUCCAAACAUCAGAAUAAGUCUGUUUGUAUUGUGAAGGCUUGUCAUUGUUGUGCUUCCUUGUGAUCUAGUUAGAACACCCUCUUUUAUCCUGCUGUCUGUUUAGCAUGAGUCAUACAGCAUAGGGGAAGGGAGCAGGAAGACUGCAGAAGAGAAGGCAAAUAAAGGUAAAGCAGCUGUGGAAUGACAGUCCCUGGACACACGUGUUAUCAUAUUAUCAGCGCGCAGCCUAUUUAAGGAUUUAAUGAUUGAACAAACAUGGGUCCAAAGUUCAGCUAGAUCCACCGCCGUGUCCGUUUGUUUGUUGAAAAAAUAAGGUUUCUGCUGACUCACAGCUGGCUUCUGAUGACCUCUAGAGGAUACUGCUUGUAAAAAAACAAAACAGUGGAAUUGUGUUAUUGGAGGUACUCUCUGUUCUGGACAAAGCAGUUGAUAUGGCUGCAUCUUACGUUAUUUAGUUAGCUGUAAUUGAUCGAUACUGUCUAGACUCUAGUUGCGCAUGGUUUCACCAGUGACAUUUCCUCUCCUCUCUACCUUGUGAUUGAUGCAGAGUGCUCACCUGGCAAUGAUAGACGCCCUGAUGGCUGUGGGAGCCAUGGAGACGGUGACUGCCGUGAAGUCAAGUGAUUCAGCCACGCUCCUGGGUGGAGCAUCCAGCUGGGAGGAUGCUCUUCUUAACUGGGUGAAUGGGGUAAGGAUGAAAAACACACAUCUGGACAUAACUAACAUUGGUUAAUCAGUCAGACUUUUCUACCUGUUCAACCUCGAUUGGAAAUGAUCUGUCUGCUGGGAACAGAAAUACAUAAAAGGAUGCAGUGCUUCUAGAUUUGUCAUAUUUAUGUUAUUUGUCUUCUUUCCAUGCUCUCUCAGUUGAACCAGAAAUUAAGAGAAAGCACCGAAGAAGCCCAGACUGACACGUCUCAGGCCAUUACAGAGCCCCAACCUGUUCAACCCUCUGUGAGUAUACCAAGAGACAUUUCGUAUAUAUCUGCCUCCGGUCUGACUCUUCUUUCCAAACGCACAUGAUGAUUUGAUUAUGAUUCUACGCCCAUUUCCUGUUUGUCCCUGCUUAGUCAGUAUUUAUUGUUGGUUCUGCCGUACCUCCUCACACUAUACAAGCACAACAAGUACAACUCAUAGACGAAAUAAAACGAAGGGUGGCGUCACUGCUUCGUUAAUGAGGCUGUCUUGUCAUUUUGAAAAGGUUCCUCAUCCCAACCCUUUCUCUUGUUUGUCUAGUUCUUCCACUUGUAGGCUUAAUGCGUCUCUCCUCUGCUCCUGUUCUCCAUUUCCCUGUCUCUCUCUUUAUAUCCUGUCCCUUCUCCUUCCUCUCUGACAGUGUCCUACUCGCUGGUACUGGAAACUUGUUCCUGUAAGUUCUUUCCUUUCCUCUGAUCCUCCCCCCUGUCCCUCCAUCCCUCCAGUGUCUUCAUCAAAUUUAUCAGCAAAAAUCUGAUGGUCAGUUAUGUUAUUAUUUUUAUUUUUUGUCUUUCAUUUGCUGGUGUGAGAAUGCGGGUUUGUGCAUCUUAUCCUAGUCUGCAUUUAAUUGCACGUCAUGGAACGAGGCAGAGCAGGGCUGUGACAGGCAUUGUUUGUUGACACACACAAGAGGCCAAUGAAUCACGUUUAUUUGCAAUACACGAGGGACGCGAAACGCCCGUGUCUAACCGGUUCCUCUGGUCUUGUGUGCAGCUGAAGUGUAUGUUUGUGCAAAGUCAGCUACAGAAGUUUACAGAGACAAACUUCUUGUUAGCUGGGCUGUUUGAACACGCUGUAGUUUAACCUGAAACACUUAUACCUCUCUCUUUCUUUAUCUCACUCUUCUCUCUGCGACUCCCUGCUAUUUCACUUUCACUUUUUCACUUGAAUAAAAAAAAUCUUUCUUUUUUUGCUUUGAUUAAAUCACUCAUUUUGCAUUUGCCAUUUUUCAACUAAGACUUCUGUUUCCAGCAUGUUUUUUUUCUGUGUCCCCUUUUUAACACUCCUUUUUUUAAUAUCUUUAGUGAUACAUCAGCAUGUAUCACGUUGGGAGAACCUUGACUUUAAUAAUAAUUGUACUAAAAUAUCAAAUCAUCUGGAUCUUAGUGUGGUUUUUGAGUCUCUUGAUUGUUUUUUGUAUUUUUAGCUCCGUUACAGGAAGGAUAAAAUUCAGUCCAAACAGAAGCCAAUAUUUCCGGUGGUGAAUGAAGUCAAAGACCUGUCCAGUGGUUGUGCAGUCGCUGCAGUCAUACAUCACUAUUGCCCUGGUCUGCUUAGACUUGAAGGUACCAAAAAAACAUCUUUACAAACUUUUAAAAAUCUCUUGUGUUGAAGUUUCUAACUCUUGUUUUCGCUUUUUUCCCCCCCAAGAUGUUUGUAUGAAGGAGUCCAUGUCUGUAGCAGACAGCUUGUACAACCUGCAGUUCAUCCGUGAGUUCUGUGACAGCUGCCUGAGAAGCUGCUGUCAUUUAUCACUGGAGGACAUGUUAUAUGCACCACAGGAGCUUCAGGUGGAGUAUUUACAUAACCUUUCCUUAAUUGGGGGGAACACAUCUGUAUGGAACUGGUUCUUACUCUUGUUGCUGUUUUGUGAUUCAUGCAGGUGAACUUGCUGAGUUUCCUAGCAGAGCUGCUCAGCUGGUUCGAAGUGCAAAGGCCAGAGUUUGUUCAGCCAGGAGACGCAUCAAGUGAGUGUUAUUAAUUUUUCUGGCUUUUGUCAAACUAUGCAAUCUUAAAGUGAGAUCAUAACAUUGAAAAUAUUUGUAAUGUUUUUUUUUCAGGUGGAUCCACAGCAGUAACACCACAUACCUUAAGUGGUAACAGGUACAGAUCCUCUCUAAAUGAGCUUUUUGAUGAUUCUAGUGCAGUGUACAUGAAAAAGGAGCUUUAAACUGAUUUUUUUCUUUUUUUUUUUCCACUUAGUACCUCUCCCUCUAUCUUCAAGAAGCCUUUCCUGCCCAUCUCCUCCCCAGCGUCAGGUGAGAUUAAGACUUAAGCCUGUCAGUACUAACCAAAACCUCUGUGUUUUUGUAUGUUCUCAUCAGUUAUCCUUAAUUCUUGCUCAUUUUUCUGUUCUUUUCUGUGUUGUGUAAGAGGAUUACUGUCCUGUUUUUUGUGGAUAUUUUAAACCUUUUUACAUUAAAUUAUGUUUAUUGCUUGCUGUUUUUGUGCAUCCUUGUGUGGUGUGCAUGCCUUUACAUGUCUGUGUGUCCCAUUGUACUCAGGAUCUUUGACUCAGUCUACCUCAAUGUCUCAUAUAGAAGGAGUUGGAAAGACAUGGAGCAAGAAACCUCUCAGGUAUAUUUCUUAAGUUUUGAACGCUGUCGUUUUAGAUCAUCUGUUAUAUACUUAAAAUCUUUUUUUUAUUAUUAUUCUUAGCCGGCCUUUGUCAGCGGUAUCCUUCAGCAUUCCUUUUGGCCUGGACAGUGAUGUGGACAUUGUGAUGGGAAACCCUGUGAUAACCCGCUCUGUGAGCUCAGACCAACUCAACCCAGCAGGCCAAACCAUGACUCGGGUGCCCUUCAGCCCUCCCGAAGACCUCAGCUAUUUGCUAAGCAAACCCCCUGGUCCCAAUGGUCCACAGAGAGCUUCUUGGGCCACUCAAACACCCAGUAUUCCGAGGCUAGCAGAGGAGAACGGCAUUACAGCAAGUGAAACAGGAGAACUCCCGACUAUCGAAGAGGCUCUUCAAAUCAUCCACAAUGAGAGCAAGAUGGAGCCCCGCUUACACCCAGACGGUGCUCCUGAUGGCUUCUACCUCCACUCUCCUGACGACCCUGCUAGCUCUAGACACAAGACCACCUUAGCACCCAUCAGCUGCUCUGCCCCUUCACGCUCAGGAAUGAUGUACAGACCCUCAGGAGAGCCCAGGGAGCCCGUUCGUACCAGAAACGCCUCUGAAUGUUCACGCGAUGAUGACUCUGUUUUGAGAGAUGGAAGUGUGGACUCUGAUGCAUCAGAGGACCUUCCCAAGGCUCAGUCCACUCCAUCCACACCAGCUGCCGGUACACAGUCCGCCAGAGGCCAUGGCAAAGAGACAUCUGACAGCGGGGUGAAAAUGACCAGCUUUGCAGAACGAAAAAAGAAACAGAUUAUGGACUCUCCCAAAGCCAGCGACCCCUCUUCUCCUCCGAUGACCUCUUGGGCACAAAAGUCUGAUGAAAGCCCAAACAAGAGUCCGCAACUCAACAAUGAAGUGUCUGAGCUGGGGGUGAGACUUGAGGAAAAACGUAAGGCCAUUGAAGCCCAAAAGAAACGCAUUGAGGCCAUUUUUGCAAAACAUAGACAAAGGCUUGGAAAGAGUGCUUUUCUGCAGCUGAAGAAAGAACAGCAAGAGGACGAAGGCAAGGAAGGAGAAGAGGGCCUGAUCAGGACGUCAUCCACAGAAGAAGACCUGUCUCGUUUGACACUUGAGGAAAGAUUAGCUCGAAUGGAAGAGGAACAGGAACAGGAUGAACAGCACCCCUUAGUGGAUGAGGAGGGCAAUGUCAAAGGAGGAUCCACGCUUAAAAAACCAGGUAGUCACUCAAGAGAAAAAGCUGGAACACCAGGAGACAAGGGCUCCGGGGCACCUGGGGAGAAAAUGGUUGCUCCAUUAGGGGACUAUAACAAUGCUGUAUCCAAGCUGACCGCGGCUCUUAGCUCAUUACAAAGCGACAUGCAGAGACUGACUGAACAGCAAAACCAGUUAAUGACGAAGAAAGCUGCAGCUCCUGGCAGUAAAUCCUGGGUCAUCCCAGCCAGCCCGAAAACCUCAACACCAGCCCCUUCCCGUGUCUCCCGGGAAUCCACGCGAGAUUUAAAUUCUGCCUCCUCCUCUCCCUCUCCGUCACGCAGAAUUACAAAUCACACCACUCCUCAUAAAUCUCCUCGAGUGCAACGUAGAGCCCAAUCCAUGCCCCCCAAAAGCCCCAAACACCACCAUCACAGUCGCACCCUGGAUUCAAAAGCUCCAACCCUAUCCAGGGUUCUCAAUCCACCACAGAAUGUGGACCGCAUCCCCCACCUCCGCCGUGUCAAUCCAUGGCAAUCUCAAGUUCAGACUUCAUCUUCAUUCUCCAUCGGUGAUUCUGACAGCCUAGAUGACUUGCGUUCAACAACUCCUCUCACGACUCCUACGCUGACCCCUGCACCUACACCGACACCCACGCCGACUCCCCGCCUCGCUGCAGAUGAGACGAUGUCAGAGGUGGGCUCCAUCGAUGAUCAAAGUAUAUUCAGCAUGGACCUGGAAACAGGACCUCCACAUGGCCUUUCAGUCAGAAAAGAAGAUCUUCCAAGUGGGGGCUGCAGCUCUGGUGCUGCAUCAGAGUGCUCCUUUGAGAGCGAUGCCCCUGCAGGUGUGCUGAACGGCAAACGCAGUAGCCUGAUAGAGAUUUCACUAUCUGCUCUGAGGGGGGACGGCCAGGACGAGGAUGACCAAGUACCUGAUUCUUUCUGUGACUCAGUGAGUGAGCGGACAGAGGCGGACAUGAAAGGCGUCGGUUUCUUUUUCAAGGUAGGCGGCUGAUCAUUACUGCUGCAUGUGCAAUUCUUAAACGUACCGUUUUCACAAGGUCUGAGUGUUCAAGCCUUUCUUAUUCCUGUCUCGUCAUCAGGAUGACAAGGAGCGAACAGACGAUGAGAUGGCCCAGCGAAGAGCAGCUUUGCUGGAGAAACAGCAGAAGCGAGCAGAAGAGAUGAAGAGACGCAAACUGGAACAGGAAAAGGAAAAAGAAAAAGAGUCAAAGUAAGAAAUUAGUUUCUUGGAAUAAUCAUUACAUAUAUAAUAUCUGACAUGUAGAAUUUGGUACUCUCCAAACUAAUUUUGAGGAGUUUGAAGAUUCAAUAUGUUGUUGCUAAGACAGUUAUCUUUAUGUUGGUAAUGUUCGACAAAUCGCUGCAAUAAACUCUUAAAAAUCAUCUGGGGUUUUUAUCCUUUGUUACCUGAUCAGUGCAACAAAAUCAAAGUUCUUCUUUUUCGUUCUGUUAGCAAGCCUCAGUGGAUGAUCAUUGAGGGCUGGGGGAAUAAGGGUGAGGAUAGACCUCAGACCCCAGGAACACCACCAGCAACACGCACUCCACCACCAGAGGGAACUCCUCAGCGCAGAGGAGACUUCACCAGGCAGGAGUAUGAGAGGAGGCAGCAGCUGAAGAUCAUGGAGGACUUGGACAAAGUGCUGAGGCAGAAACCCACCACGGUUCGAGGUGUCAAGAAACAGAGACCUAAGACUGUUUUCAGGGAUGACUCAGUCCUCUCUCAUAGCCCUGUCAAAGGAUACAUGGGUAAAUAUUCCUGAUGCUCUCAGGUGUAUUUGUAUAUAUCUGUAUGCUCUCAUUACAUACUCUUUAUACUUAUAUCUCUUUCCUUUCUUCAUUCAGGAACCAAGCUAAACAAAGUCUACUCCCACUCAACCAUGAACCUGUCAUCCAUGGCAAAUGACUCAGGAGGUCUGACUGUCAGGAAGUCUCCCAGGUAACCUUCCCAGUGUCAUAAGCAGAAACUAAUACUCCUCAAACUAAGAAUUUUCUAAUUGUCUAUUGUCCAAUUUUAGUCAGUCUGUGCUAGGGCUGUCCCGAUACGAUAUUGAUAACAGAUAUCGGUCCGAUUUCAACAAAAAAUCAAAUAUCAAAUUAUAUCAGCCUGCAUCUAAAAUCUCUGAUAUCAGCACUCCGAUACAAGCAGUCCAUUCCAGACUCUGCUCCAACACCUCUAUCUAGCGGCACUUGGAUUCAGCAUGUAGAGCCCACGUGAUCACAAAACAGUGUGUACUAAGGUACUAACAAAGUAACAAGGAGUAGGAGUGAUGUCGGCUGUGAGGCAGUAUUUUUUGUUGAAGUCCGAAAAAGUGCAAAACCUGUCAUGCACAAGUUUGUGCUAAAAUCGGAUCAAUAUCAGUAUCAGGCAAUACUGAAGGCUACAAUAUUGGUAUUGUAUUGGAAAUAAAAAAAGUUGUAUCGGGACACCCCAAGUCUGUGCUCUCCGAGUUGUAUCCUCAGUUUCCUGUCUUUAGCUAACAGCAGUGGCACCCAGUGUGGUCUUCAGCUGCUGUAGCCCAUCUGCUUUGAGAUUAAACAUGUUGUUCUUUACAUUCUUUAUUUCUAACUUUCUUUACUUGACUUUUUCUCACCCCUCCAGUCGUUCACAUUCUCCAUCCCGGCUAAUGUCACCAGGACGAAUGCACGCUCAUAACGGAGAGAGAGACUGGGAGACUGGUUCAGCUAUCUCCUCCCCUGCCUCAAUCCCAGAAUACACCGGUGAGUGAAGUGUUUGAUACUAAAUGAUUACAGAAUAUUUACAGAAAGCAGUGAAGAUGUCAACAUUUGGAAAUGUUGUGUCUUACAGGGCCAAAGCUCUACAAGGAGCCUAGCUUUAAGUCAAACAAGUUCAUCAUCCAUAAUGCAAUCUCUCGCUGCUGCCUGGCCGGCAAGGUCAAUGAACCGCAGAAAAACAAGAUUGUAGAGGUAAGUCACACUGCUGACCGACAGGAAGACCGCUAACAGGCUUCAAGUGACAUUUAUUAUCAGCUUCACUAACUUUAAAUUUAUUCCUGCCCUUACCUCUUUAGGAAAUGGAGAAGAGCAAUGCAAACCACUUCCUAAUCCUGUUCAGAGAUGCAAGCUGCCAGUUCAGGGCAGUUUACACCAUGAACCCAGAAACCGAGGAAAUGGUACGGCUCACUGGGAUUGGCCCCCGGAUCAUCUCACCUGAGAUGGUUGAAUCCAUUUACAAGUACAGCUCUGACCGGAAACAGUUCACUGUCAUCCCGUCCAAAACCAUGUCUAUGAGUGUUGACGCCUUUACUAUCCCGGGUCAUUUUUGGCAAAAGCGCCCAGGAACUCCCAAGAAGCUGGGCACCCCGAAGUAAACACAUACCCAGGAUGGGCAGGGAUGAAACCAUUCAGGGAACCAACCCCCAACGUGACUCUUUUGUCUGCUUUUUUGGCCAGUGAGGCACUUAGGAUUAUUUAUUACCCAGUUAGAAUAGUAUUGGAUGGCAUGAUUACUUUGACUUUUGGCCGGUUAUCAACUUGGACCACAGGAACAAUCCAGUCAGCUAAACAUGCCAAGAGAAAAGGCCAAUCACUCUCCUGUUCCGCCAGUCUUAUCAUCAUAGUUUGUCCAAUGAGAGCUUCUGUUCGGCUCUGCUUGGUCCACCCAGAUUGUAAAAUGUAAAACAUCGUAUCCUGUCUUGAUGAAGAAUUCUCUUUACUAGCACCCUGCUUCCUCUUGUCUUGCCUUACCCUGCCCCCCUGAGUCAUUUUUGUGACUCUUAGGUUAAAAAUAAGAGGGGAGAAUCUUACCGCUCUUGCCCACACAACAGUAUUCGGGGCCAGAGCGAUUCUCAAACCCUCUAAAUUCUGCUUGCUUUUCCUUUCGCUGCCUUUUCUUCUACUUCCAGGGCUUACUCUCUCUCUCUCUCUCUCUCUCUCUCUCUCUCUAUUCUGCUGAGACACACGGCUCACCUCUCAGUCCUGAUAGGAGAUUGGAAAAUUAACAGCAGGUAAUGCUGCACUCAUGAAUGUAGGGCACGCUCAAAUCACUCAUUUCAUUCAGGGUUGUUUUCUAGAAAAUCCCACAGUGGGUGGUUUCUCUGUGGCCUGCACUAAUGGUGGCUACUAUGGUUGUCAAUUGACUUGCACACGUAGAAACUGCCCAUUCUCCCAGAGUUUGUAAAUUUCACUCCAUUCCAACUUCUUCUGCUGUAGACAUCUGGAUGUUUUUUUUUAUACUAUUUUGAAAUGUUUUUUGCUGGACAAAUCGCUUCGGCCAUUGAGAGCUGAAAGGAGAACGAAGUUCAUGUGACUUUUUCUUCCUCACCUGCUUUCUCAUUUGAAACAUAAUGAACUGAAACAUUAUCUGAGCUUAUCUUGAAAACGAUACUGGAAACAUGAAGGAGGGCUUUAUCCUAUUUAUCAUGACUUGGAUACGGCUCUGUGAAAAUGAUAAUCAAUGCUGGUUUAACAUAUAUGCUGAAUGCUGAUUAUUUUGAUUUUUUUUUUUCAAUGAUUUGUAAAGUAAGAUGACCUUUGUAAGCUACUAAUAAGCUAGCCUGCUGCUUUAGCAUUAGUGAGAUGGAUGUUUGAGAUGAGAACGAGUGAAUGAAAAUGAAAAGAAAUUGUCAAACAGGUGAGACUUGCUGAAACCUUUUGUCUGAGGAUGAAUAAAUCCUUUAGGUCACAAGGAGUAUGUUUCCUUUUUGCAUUAUUACCUGUUUGUGUGCACUGGCAGGUAUUGAUUUAUUGAAGGAUUGUUUAACUGUAACAGCCCGUAUAGCCCACAAAGUGUCUAAAGACUCCGUCAUGGGAGAAUGUAAAAUGUAAAAUGCCAAGCCUGUUAUUUUCUUUUCAUUUUUUUGUGUCAGUGCAUCUAUGGGCUAUUGGGGAAACACUUGAUCAUGCAAAUGCUUGUGACCAGGUUAAUUUCACCACAUAAUCAGUGAGGAGUUGACCAUGGCCAUCCCUUCUUUUGCGGUCUUAAGCACUACAGCAGCUGCCAGGGUUUAGCUGUCUUCUGACAAAUCACAGACUGCCUCCAAAAAUGUGUUGUUGGAUUGAGACAUGUAAAAAAAAUCUGAAAGCAUUAAAGAAAAACGACUAAAUGAUUGAUGACAGUGUGAGUGGAGGAGUGUGUAUGAAAUUAGAGGAUGUUUGUAUUUAUGUAUUUGUAAAGAAUAGUAUGAGGUAGUUGAACACUAUAUUUUGAUUCUGUGCAAUUCUCCCGUAGAAAUUCCCACUACCAGAGGUGUAUUUAUUUGGUUUGCAUUAGAAGGUGCAUUUGAUGUUUAGUUUCAGGUCCUACUUUUGUCUUUUUUUGGUUGAGGUUGUAAAUCAUUCAUUCAUUUCAUAGAAGUUGUCAUAACAUUUAUGUUGUUUUCUUCUGUUAUCAAAUCUGUGCCAGCACACAUUGUAUGUUCAUUUCUUCAUUGACUACCAUUGGAAACUGGACAGACAAAUAAAAAAAAAAAACCUUUUAAAACCAUCACCGCCAUGUUUUUUUUUUCCAUACUCCUGAUUAUUUUCUCAUCUUUAACGUUUGUUACUUUAAUUUCAGAGCAUCUUUGCCUGAAAAAUCAGAUGUGGAUAGGUUGAUUUACCAAACUUCUUUAUUCUGUGAUGUUUUUGUCUCUUUGCUUUACAAAACAUCAUGGUAGUGCUUGGAUCGUGUAUCUGUUCGAAACAGGACAAAAAAAGAUUUCCUAGGGUUUAGGCUGAGGUAACACUUUUGGUAAUAACACAAUGACAAAGCAGGACACACUCUUCAUUAGCAGUCCAAAUAUUCUCUGUCAUUGCUUAACUUGCGUCCAAGUUUUACCAUCUCUCUUGUAAAAGCUUACAGCUUUUGGAAGAGCACUUGUUCACGGUUUGCAGCAUCUGCAAGAGUAAAAAUGUUGGUUUUUGGCCCAUGGCUUUCAGACAAGAGGUACAAAACUGACAAAACACACUCAGGCUGUAUCGUUCUUGUGUCUCCAGUGCGACGGCAGCGUUUUCUCAGCUGUGUUUUGUGUGGAGCAUCUCAGUCAGUAAAGAGUUACAGGGUAAAUCUCCCACAAGAUGGCGCUGGUACAAAUACUCCUCAACCUGUAAGCUUAUGCUGCGUACUUCAGGCAGCCUGAGCAGCAGCUGGCCGAACUUGUCUGAGUGUCCCGGGUGACUCUGUUGGGUGUGCUCCAUCAGGGCCCUGUUUACUCUCUCUUGAGUCUGCUCCACCUGCCUUCGGUUUUGCACUGACUUCACAUCUGAAACGGAGAGAAAAAAAUCCACACUUUAAUAAUCAACACAAUAGUUUAUGUGAGUUCAACAAAAUGUCACUUAAAGUCUAAAGGAAAAUCUCACCAGGGUUAAAUAGUACAAGGUACUUCAGACAAACAAACUCAUGUCUGUCUAACUGGAGUGUCUUCAGUUUGGAUACCAGGUCCUGGGUCCUUGAAACCAAAGCGUUUAAUUUUGCACCUGCCUGAGAGAUGAUGGUGGAAACUUCGAUCUGCGUCAGAAUAAGAACAACAGGGAGGUCAAAGAUUCUUCAAAACCAUAUUUGAUACAAAAAAAGUCACCUUAUCACACUAACAUCAAACAUUACCUGUUGUCCUGUGACUAAAUAAAUGCAGCCCUCUUUGCCAUAGGUCACCUGUCUACAGAGGUGAUCGAGGACCAGCAGCUCACUCCAGCAGCUCUGUAGCAGCACCAUCUGAUCUUCCACCUUUUGCAAACAUAAAAAACAAAUCUUUGAGUUAAUGUGAGCUCCCAGUACAACAGAGUAAAUACCAAAGGAGUUUUUAUGUCACUUUUAUAUUGUGUGGUUCAUUACCUUGAGCUCUUUGAACAGUGCACUAUUCCUGGACCACUCCACAAGUCCAAACAGGGUCUGAUCAGCCAUUUUGCACAUGAUGCUGAAUGUGUUGAGGCAGUCGUGUUUCCCCCUGUUGGCCUGUUCUCUCUGCAGGCUGGCGAGGACCUUGGCGCUCAGCUGGCUCUCAUCUUGAUCCCCCUCCAUCAGCUGGCUUAGAAAGUUGGAUGUAACAGGGGUUGAUGGAGGGUUGUGCUGGAAUUGGUCGGGGGUUUGGGAGAGAGGGGUGGUUGAGCUUGAUGUUGAGCAGGGUGAUGACGUUGGUGUGCGUCUUGGCGUGAAUAAAUUGACAGGAUACGCUGAGUAGUUUGCCGAGUUUGAGCUGUGGCUAUAGGACAUGUCUUGCGUCUCCCGAAGGUGAGUGAGGUUGCAGUGAUACAGUCCAGGAUGAGGGAGGGAUGGAGGAGUGAGCACCCUGUCUGUGUUAAAAGAGCAGUCUAGAGGAGUUACCUCACCUGACUGCCCAAUGCCAGGAGGGUACAUGUGUGGUGGAUAAAAGGCACCAGAGGGCAAAGGGUCAGUGGUGUGACUGUCCAUUAAAUGGAGAUCAUUUGAAGCUGCAGGCUGAUGUAUCUGGGUAGUUUCCAUCUUAAUCCUGUGGGGAGCAGUGUUUACCUGGUGACACACAUUUCGCUGUUUUAGCUGCCUGUCCCGCCGGUAGAGAGGACCAAACUUAUUCCUCCCACCUCUCAUACGGUCUGCUCUUACAGCUGAGGAUCAAACAUAAAACAAAGGUGUUGGAGCAAGAGUGCAAACACUGCCAGAGAAUUUUAGACUCAUUUUCAGUUCUCAGGGCUCAGAUUGGCUCUGCAAUACAAAGUCCUCAUAUGUGAAGAUCUGGGUCAUUACAGCACCAGUUUAUGACUUGGUAGAUAAGUCAUACGGAAAAAAGAACAUGCAAGUCAGUGGGACAUAUGACAUGCUGCACUGGAGCGUACAAUCACAAUAGCAUGAAUGGGUGCAUGUUUCUGUGAUGCUGAUAGCUGUAACUGUACCUUCUCUCCUCAUGCCCACCGCUAAACACUUCUGGAAGCGACAGGAUGGACAACGCUUCCUCUGCCAAGGGUUCAUGGGGCAUCUUUGUUGUUCUGCACAGGUAUAGUGCUUGUUAUUCUGAACUGAGCGUUUAAAGAAGCCCUGCGGAGAAAGAGAGACAUUGUCGACCUGUUUCUUCAUACAGUGCAGAUCACAAGACAAUCUUGUAUAUUAGAUAAGUAGCCUAUCAUUGUUUGAGACAAAAAGAUGAGCUCUACAGCAGCAAAUUCGAUUAGGGCCACUAGAAGAGAAAAAAAUAGUUACAAGAGGGAGAUUUUGUAAAUUUUCCAUUUUGAGAUUAAAGUUGAAAAAGUCGAAAUGAAAAAAAAAUGAAAUUUCAACAUUAAAGUAGAAAAUUCAAGCAUAAAAAAAGAAAUGUAAAUAAAGUUGAAAUUUCGAGAUUACAAAAUGUCGAAACUACGAGAUUAAAAUGAUUUAAAUUUUUUGAUUAGUCGAAAUUUUGACUUCAUUUAAUCGAAAAAAAAUUAUGUGAAGUCGAAAUUUCAACAUUAAUCUCAAAUUUUAAAUCUUUUUAAUCUUGUUUCAACAUUUAGAAAUCUUGAAAGUUCGACUUUAUUUAUAGAAAUUCAUUUUUUUCUAAUUUUGAAUUUUCAACUUUAAUGUAGAAAUUUUGAUAUUUUUCAUUUGACAUUUUUAAAUUUCAACUUUAAUCUCAAAAUGAAAAUUUACAAAAUCUCCCUGUUGUGUUAUUUUUUUCUCUUAUUGUGGCCCUCAACACUUUUUCAUAUAUUGAUUAAUGCACUUUUUUUAAAAUGCAAAAAAUCAAAAAAUCGUUAUGUCAACAUUUAAUACGUUCAUUCCACAGUAUUUCCAGUUAAAUAAACGGUUUUAGUGAUUUGCCAAUCAUCAAAAUCUGCUUUCAUCAACAAUCCAUGUUCUUGGUUAUAAAACACUCAGUCUUUUGACAUGAACUGCUUACAUCCUUCUCUUACCUUGCAGCUUUCACAGGUGAGCAGCCCAUAAUGGUAUCCUGACACUUUGUCCCCACAGACAGGACAGCUCUCCUCUGGUCUGCCAUCUGAUUCUGUCUUUAACUCCUGAGCUGAAGAGGAACCCACAAUGAUAUGAGACAGCAAAUAUACAGGGCAACAAAAUCCUCCAAUUCUUAUGGCUGAAGGAUGAGAUUGAUUUUCAGAUGCUACCGAAUGUUUCUUUCUGCUCUCAUCUAAGCAAAAAAUGAUGAUUAUCAUUUUUAAUUUGAGUACAAUAUAACAAUACAAGUGUGGACCUCCCAUUGAGCAAUUCUUCUUUUGUUUCUAAGUAACGUAGACAUAUGUCAAAUGAUAUAACUCUAAAAUCCCAACAGUCACAAAUAAGACUCUUACUGAACAAUAUGGAAAAAGUGUCAACAGAAAUGCUGUCAGACUGGAAACUGUGUAAUGAAGUCACUGUCAUGUUAGUGUGUCAUCCAAUGAGGUUUAUUGCUCAGCUGCUGGGAGAAUAUUGAGCAGUGCAGGACUCCUCUUGCUGCAGACAGGAUCUUAUCGCUCACUUUGAUUUGCUCCACUAUAAUCACAGAUAUGACCCUUACAUAAUUUACAGAGAUCGCUGGUUAUGGCUCCUACAUGAAUUAGCCUCCUAAAUGAAGGUCUGUGGCGCAAUAGUAAACCUCUUUCAUGCCUUCACUGCUUUAAAUGUACAUUUCCAUAAAGACUUGAUCCAUAUCAGUUUAUAUUGUAGUUGAACUAAACAUUUUCAUGCUUUAAUGCUCAAAAUUUCCACAGAUAGUUUAACCUCUAACAUAUUUAAAUCAUGUUACACAUUUUCUGAAACCAAAAGCAUUUCUAAAAGCCGUGUCCUCACAUGUUGACGGUCCUUCCACAGUUAAGAGAUCCAGUGGGUCCUCUGAUGGGUGGACGAGAGGCUGGGUCUGUUGUGGGUGAUAACCAGAUAGGUCCAUUCUGGCUGAUGGGUCAGGAGCUUCAGAGUUAGUCCAGCAUGAUCUUCAUUGCUGUUGAAAUCAGGAGAGCAGACAGACACAGCAGGAGAGCCACACAAAGGCCGGCUGACAGGCCCCACAGCCCCGGUGGACUGAUGGUUGUUUGAGGCCCGAAAGUGGACUUCGAUCAGCAGUUAGUGUCAUAAAACCUCUCCUGACUGGCACUCCUACCCAGUCAGUCAGUCAGUCAGCCAGUGAGCAACCAACCAGCACCUCUGGGGAAGACAGCCAUAUAUCUGCCUGCAGGAACCUCAUUGUAGUGAAACAACUCCGGUGAGCCAUCCUGCAGCUCAGCUGAUAAGAUAAGAGCCCGUAGAAGAGCACAGUCAAAUACGGCAAUUCAGGUUGCCUUUUAGUUCUUACAUUAUUAAUAAUAAUUAUUAGUGAGAUUAUCAUGAAGAUAAGUGUUUUAAUUCAAGCACAUGUGAUGGAGAAGCACAGGCUCUUCAAUCUAAAGCAGUACCAAAGUGCAAUUAGUAUUCGAUGAUGAUCAGUGUCUUAGAGGCGUUUUCGCAUUUCAUCUGGUUGAAAUGGAGCUACACCAACUAUCUUUCAUACAUGUAAGACAGCUACUCCACUGUUUAGCAACUCACAGCCUCUUAGUUAGCAAGGAUAAUGUUUGAAUUUGUGGUACUUCAGCUCACGUUUGCGAAAUGUUGUAACUGCACCUCAUUAAAAUGAUCUUUUUUUGAUUGUUUUAGGAGGAGUCACUCAUUACUUUGACUGAUAGGCACUGAAAAUGUGAAAUUAUAGUGAUUUCAGUUAGGGGGCAGAGGUCAUUGGUAGUCAGAGUUUUCCCACAAGCCAAGUAUAUAAUCCCAGAAUUCUUAUCAGAAGAUGUAUUUUAAUGUGUAAGAAGAAAAAAGGGUAAUUUAAAGCGUCAUUCAGAGGCCUUUAUCCAUACAUUCUCAGUGUAAGAUAGUAAGUCAAAUACACAGACUAGACAAUAAUGUAUACCGGUGUAGGUCUGUGAAGCCCUUACAUUUAUCUUUGUUAAGCAGUUUACAGGAGAAGGACAUUUCCAAACACUUGGUACAGAAUUGAUAAAGUGACAUUCAACAGGUUCCUCCUGUGAGGUGCACAGUGAUGUUAUCACCAUGGGGCAGUUCAAAAGGUAACUGGUUAUGUCAUCUGCACACUAGCUUGUAAAUGCAUCAUGACACACAUCGAAUAAUUAGUCUCCCUGGUUUAGUAAUAUAUCUUUAAAAUGUCUGACACUGGGAGGAAUUCCUAAUAAAAUUAAAAUAUCUAAAAAAACUUACUAAUGUGAAAAGCCUGCUCUAUUGAGAGUAAUGGAUAAAUAGUGCCAUCUAGUGGCAUAAACAAAGUCGGUUUGUACCCUCCUCACACUGGGUCACUCAGGAUCAUCUCCAGCGACAAACGGCAUCUCAUGGUGACUGCUGAAGAUCAGAGCACACACUCAAAGAACAAGAAGAAGAACUUUGAAAGCUCACACACUUCGGUUAAACUUUGAGAACAUGAUGGUUAUCUGUUUACCUGCUGUAACCAACAGCAUAGUAGAGGCCUUUUUUGUACUUUGCACCAACUACUUCAAGGUCAAAGGGCAGUUGGACAGUAUUUUCAGCAAUCAUGAAUUCACUAUAGUUUCUUAUGUGCUCUGCCAUAUCUGGUGUUUCAUUGAUACAGUGAGUUGUACUCUGCCGGUUCAGAGGAAAAUGCAGAUGUUAUAUGAGCAUUAGCUUGUAAAUGCAUAAUGACAACAAAUUAAUUUUAAUCCGUGUCAAACCCCAGACACUCUAUACCAUCACUAAUUAAAAGAAGGAAAUCCUCGUGAAAGUAAAUAUGAAAUCAUACCAAACUGAAGUGACAGAUUUAUUUCUUUGCACUAUUUUUAUUCUUGGCAGAAAUUGAUAAGUAGCAUAAUCUAAUGGUAUCAGAGGUUAACAGCAUUUUAAAAAUAAGUGACUCUGCAGUAAUUUUACAACAAUGCGUUUAACAUUUUGGUAAGGACACAAUUCAUUCAGGCUCCAUGAGGAUGACUUUGAAUGAUUAAGACCAAGAAAAAAAUGAAUGCAAAGGAUAACUUUAUUGAAUUCACCAGAAAAUCAUUAGAGAAGCCAGUAAAGACCCAAAGUAACAAAUAGCACACAGUGUGUUCAGUUUAUUCACGUAAAAAAAAAAAAAAAAAAUCUUCUAAUCAGUCAUUUUACUGUAAAGUAAUGAUACAUAUGAUAAGACUUUAACAGGGGCUACUGCUACGUAUACACUGUGUGCUGUAAACUGUCAUUGAACAGGACUCGAAAUUUUCAAUCCGACAACAACUGCUCCCCGGGGCUGGGACAUACUGGCUUACCCUCAGCCAUGUACCACACCUCAUUGUGCCUGUCGAACAGCGUCAUUGGACUGUAGAAAACAAAAGCGCACACAAACACACACACAAAAAGAGAGAGAGAGAGAGAGAGAGAGAGAGAGAGAGAGAGAGAGAGAGAGAAUAAAAUCGUUACUAGAAAACAAAGUUCUCCAUCUAUGCACAGCAUAAUAAAAAUUUUAUAUUUUAGUGCAAAAAAAAAAAGUGAUAGUUUGAUAAAAUGUCAUAUAAAAAAGUUUUAGUGUAGUAUGAUAAAAAUGUCACAGUAUAGUAUGGUAAAAAUGUCAAAUUUUAGUUUGAAUGAAUAUCACUGUAUAGUAUGAUAAAAAUUUAAUUUUGUGGUACAAUAAAAAAAUAAAAAAAAAAUUAUGAAAAAAUGCCAUUGUAAAAAAAGACAAAAAUGUCAUAGUAUAGUAUGACAAAAAUUGAUAUAAUAGUUUGUGAAAAAUGUCACCGUAUAGUUUGAAAAAUGUUCACAAGUUGGGUAUGAAAAAAUUUCAUCGUAUAGAAUGAUAAAAGAUUCAACUUUAAGUGUGAAAAAAUGUCAUAGUUAAGUAUGAAAAAAUUUCAUGGAGCAGUUUAAUACAAAUGUACAUUGAAGUACAAAAGAGUCAUAUUAUAGUUUGAUACAAUUUUUUUGUUUUUGUAUGAAAAAUAUGUCAUAGUAUCGUAUGAUAAAAAUUGUACAUUUUAGUACGAAAAAAAUGUAAAAGUAUAGUUUAACAAAAAUAUCACUAUAGAAUAAUAGUAACUUAAAAUUUUGGUGUAAAAAAUGUCAUUAUAUAGGAUGAUAAAAAUGUCAUAGCAUAGCAUGAUAAAAAUUUGACAUUUUAGUAUAAAUAAAAUGUCAUACUAUGGUGUACUAAAAGUGUCAUAGUAUAGUAUGAUAACAGUGUCAUAAAAUUGUGAUAGUAUGAAAAAAUGUCAUCAGAUAGAUUAAUAAAAAAUUCAAAUUUUUGUGUGAAAAAAAAUGUCAUAGUAUAGUAUGGUAAAAAUUCCAAAUUUUAGCUUGAAAAAAAUGUCAUAGUAUAAUAUGGUAAAAGUGUUAUAGUAUACUAUGACAAAAAUUUCAAAUUAAUAUUCUUUGUCUGUAAUACGUAAUUAAUCUGUUACCUGUUAUAGCCGACAGCAUAGCGAGGAGAUUUUUGGUACAUUGCACCACUACUGUCAAGGGCACUGGACAGUUUGUAAGAAUGGUAAACAUCAGUUAUGUGUGUGAGCCAUCCUCCAAAGCUCCUUACAUACACUAUCUUCCCGGGCAUGUCAAUGAGGUACACCUGAAAGACAACCAAGUUUCAUGGUCUUCUGGAGCUGAAGGUAAACUUCACAGCUUAAUCAACAUGGUUAUAAGGCCAAAUGAAGAUUGACGCGUUUGAAUGUUCCGACAUGAUUACCUUCUUAUCAGUAGGCUUUGGGGGAUUUCUCUGAAAUUCACUUGGCAGCAAGAAACUCAUUUUAUAGACACCAUUUUUCAGAAUUUCCACAAGAACAGGACUUGUCAUUUCAAUAUUCUUUCCUGCAAAUGAACAGAGGGAGAGGAUGUCAUGAGAGGGUUUCAAGUGGUUUGCUUAAACAAUGGUCCUUCUUAUUCAUAAAUUUAUCUUAAUCUCAUUAAGAAACCAGUUUCAAUUAAACAUAUGAUUAGAUAAUUUAGUAGUGGACAUACACACCCUCAUGAUUUUCACCGGUAAUGUAACCAUACAGUCGCCAAAAUGCUUGAUAUGUUGCAUAAUCCAAGAACCAGGCCUCUACCUCUGUGGACACCCAUUUUGCAGGGCCGUACUCCCGGACCUGAGAGGCACAAACAAAUAUUGCACCACAGCCUUUGAAAAGUUUCUUUCACCUGAAAUGUCACUCUUUUGUCUGCAGUCAAGAAACUCAUACCUCAUACUCGUAAGUUUCACAGAUCCUCUUAAACAUCAGGCAUUCCUCUGUCUCAGUGCAGAACUCACUCUCAGAUGACUUUCUGUUGGAAUAAAGCAAAACAUGCAAGGAUGUGGGAAAAUAAUCAUUUAUAUCUUCAAUUUCUUAUUCAUCUAUCUUAAUUUGAUGAUGUCAAAACUUUUUACUCUAAUUUUGAUCAAAUGUAGAAAUUUACUAAAGUGAAGAGUUGAAAGUGAAGCUUCUUACCCAACUCUGGCCUCAGCUGUCAGCACCAGCAGGACACCAACAAGCCCCGAAAGAAGAAUCCUGAGAGACACAUGUGGAGUAUUUUCAGCCAACGCUAAGACUCAUCAAGCUGUUUUUGUUUAUCAAGUGAAAAUCUCUACAGAAAAGUUCACACACUAAUACGCUGACAUUGCAUAAUUUUCAAACACAUCAGAAAAGUUGUACUUACAUAGUUCCAGAGUGUCGAGAUGGGAUCUAUGCGGGGUUGUUUCACAGCAACUAUUUAUUCAAACUCUGGUUAUGAAAGGCAAGCUGGCCACUCCCCGACUCUACAAUACGAGCCAGAAAACUCGACCAAUGGGAUCAAAAUCAGAAACAAGAGACUGGGAGUAACAGUUACACAAACAAGUAUCAAACUGAAUGCACCAUUUACAUAAAUGAAUUAAAAUAUGUAUUUAUAAAAAAGGAUGUGGGAUAGUGUAAAAAUUUAAGUAAUGAAGAAGUCAGAGAAAAUUCUAUAGUGGACAGAAAGGAAAACAUCCCUUUAAAAGAACCAAAUACUCACAUCAUCCUGUUUUGAUUUUG